AUCUUUAAAGCGUGCGUCGCCGCUAUAAAAAUGUCUCAAUACAGGUCGGCGAGCAACAACAUGAACGCCAUGAAGACACGCUCGCCGCCUACUCUCACUACCAUGGCCGGCGGGAGCGACAGCGAGCCGCUGCCGCUCGGCUGGGAGGUGAAGAUCGACCCGCACACCGGCUGGCCGUUCUUCGUGGACCAUAAUAACCGCUCCACCACCUGGAACGACCCGAGGCACGACGGCAGGAAGAGUAGAGAAGUAUCAGCAAAUGGACCUAAUGUACCACCAGAACCGAGUCCUCAGGAGACGCAGAAGACCUUCGUGAGGGAGAUGAAGCACCCCAUUCUCCGUCCAGGUUACGUUCCCAUCCCAGUCUUCCACGAGGGUGCUGAACUGAGGCAGCAGCCGCAGCAUCCAUGUUUCUCCUACAUCCAGCCAAGCACAGUUCAGUCUGUCCGAACAGAUGGGCCGACUCCUUCCCAGACGCCAGGGCUUCCAGUCAGGCCCGUCUCCCCUCUACAUGCACCCUUGGACAGCUGCAGUCCUGAGCCUAGAAAGACCAGCUCACCUGUGUCACAGACAACAGAGGUUUACACUGUCCCACACCACCAGCCUUCGCGCCCCAGCAGCACUGGUCUCCAGGCCGGAUACAUCCCCAUCCCCGUGAUCCAUGAGGGUGGUGGAGGGGGCCUGCCACAAUCUCAGUUUAAUCCUGCCGUCUACUCCCAGCGUGUUCCCUACACGGAGCAUCAGCAGCCUUUCCAUCGCCUUCAGACAGACGAAUGGCCCAAUUACUCUGUUGCAAUGCAGCCAUCCCGAGAAAGAUCAUCUCCAACCACGUUUCCCCAGCAUCGUGAGGCUGCUUCCGUUCACAUCCCUCCCUACGUUAGAAGCCAGUCGCCGACUGUAACGCAGGUGAUGGGGGAGAGACCGCAGGCUCAGCAGCAUGUCAUCACGAGAGAUCAGCCUCCGAAAAUGGAACCGGAGCAACAAAUCACACAGCAGAAACCCGAGAGCACACCGGUUCCCCAAACGCUACACACGGAAGCUGAAAUCCAAAGGCCUCAGCAACCGCAACAUAUCCAGCAGCCUGCUCAGUUCCAGCAACCGCAACAUAUCCAGCAGCCUCCUCAGUUCCAGCAGCCUCCUCAGUUCCAGCAGCCUCCUCAGUUCCAACAGUCUCCCCAGUUCCAGCAGCCUCCGUUUCAGCAGCCUCCUCAGUUCCAGCAGUCUCCCCAGUUCCAGCAGCCUCCGUUUCAGCAGCCUCCUCAGUUCCAGCAGCCUCCUCCGUUUCAGCAGCCUCCCCAGUUCCAGCAGGCACCAUGUCAGAUUCAGCUUCAGCAACCCGAACAGUCGCAGCCGCAGCCGCAGCCGCAGCCGCAGCCGCAGCCGCAGCCGCAGCCCCAGAAGCCAGAACAACCACAGCAUCAUGUUGCAGAUAUCACAGUUCAAAUACCUCAUAAACCAGAAGUCCCGGAGGUGCCGGCUGCCCCCGUAGAAGUCCCACCUGUAAAGGCAGAGGUUGAUCAGGCUGCUGCUGCUGAGCACCCAAUCCAUCCAGGCCUCGUCAAAGUACAGCAGAUAGUCGGACGAGUCGCUAAACUGGAGCAGGAGGUUAAAUGCUUCGACGGGAGGAAGAAUGGGAAGAAAUACUUGUUGUUGGAGGAGCUGUUGACCAAAGAGCUCUUAGCGCUGGACUCUGUGGACCCAGAGGGUCGCGUUGACGUACGGCAGGCGAGACGGGACGGAGUCCGUCGCGUUCAGACCAUACUGGAGGAACUGGAGCAGCUGGAAGACGAGCCAGCUAGACCCAUCAGUGCAACUCCCAUGGAAGGAGACAACCUGGCACUGAAGGGAGAGCCGAGCAUGAUCACCAAGGAGAAUGUUGAGAUGUCAAGGGAAAUAUCGUAAUGACUGCACACUUCGUAAUACAGAGGAGAGUAUGAUUAUUUGUUGUAUAUUUGAUAGUGCUGCUCUGGCUCACUCUCCAACUCCACUACAUACAGCGUUUGUAGAAGUUGCAUGCAUUGAUUAACAGUGUUGGUAUGUUCAUUCUGCACAUCAGUGAUGAUCAGCUCAGUUGUCAGAGCCAUUGUCGUUGCCUUCUAUGUCGUACCGAUGUCUUCAUAAUUAGACUGCAGUCAUGAGGAAGAUGUUGACAGAAGUAAGUAGGCACAUUUAAGUUUGAAUAAGAGGCCUUUGUCAAUAAAUUAAGGAGAAAUACAAGUAUUUUCUUAAGAAAUGUUAUGUGCAGUUGCCUUUUGUAGGAAGCUUUUCUUUAUCCUGCCAACACAUAGUUAGUUAACUUGGUGCGAACUUCGGGGCUUAAUGCGGAACUCAAUUCAAAGCUGAGUCAGCAGAAAAGCAUUUCCCUCUUUUACAGCCACCUGCUACGACACAGAACACAGUGAAUAUGUUUAGAUGCUGCUUUCGGUGCAUUACUGAUUUUGCUAUCUUUGCACUUUGCCAUCAUUGAAAUGUAUCAUGCUGAAAGUCAGCAUCACUUCAUCUGAAGUAUUUCAUUUAAACAAGUUUUGAUUGAUGUGUUUUUAUGUGAGUUGGUUUACUUGUUAUUUCAAAUCAUGAUAGCAGUAUUUAUAUCAUAAAGUAUUUUUAUGAAUGUGUAAUGACAAUGGGGGAGUGAGAUGUGUGUCUUACUAGAGAUGUGAGACAAUCAGCGCUUGCUGCUAACAGGAGUUACAUUUUAAGACUGUCCGAAUGUUGUUAUAUAGCUACCAAAGCCACAAUCUGUAAUAAUGUCAACACAACAAUGGCCUCAAAGCCUUAAAAGUGCCAACUGUGAGAGAGUACCCUAUUUACAGACAUUUCAGUUUGUUGGUUAUAAUGGUUUCACGUCAGCUCUUAUUUUUACCCUAUAGCUCUUUUACUAUUUUAUGAUAACCUUAACGUUUGUGUAUUAAUUUAUCACUCUAAUAAAAUUGUAAACCAUCUGCAAAGUUGUUGCAACCAACACACUUUAGAAAAACACAAUUAUGGAUCGUGGCUUACUUCUGAUUAAGUUGUAUUAAGACGUAACUGAUGCACUGCUGAAAGAAAGUCACACUGGUAUUAAUGAAAAUAAAAAGGGAAGAUGUUUUUGUUUCACAAAAGUUUGCAAGAUCUGAUACUUG